AAAGGAAGAAAAGGAAGAUCAAAGCAAGACCAGUCAAGCCCCUAAAUCUAAUUUCCAAUUUACAGGAAAUACCAGGGACAGAAAAACAUGUUAAAUGACACCACAGGGGUGCAAUCCACAAACUGUUACUUGGAUGAAACUCUCUGGGACAAAUGACUCAGUGUCUUCAACAAAUCAAUGGCAAGGACGGAAAAUGUAGAAUUAAGGAAAUAUAAGAGCUGUAUCAGUCAACAGCCGUGAAGCAAUGGAUGUCAUCUGCACCUUGAUAAGAAGAAACUAUAAAAACAAUACGUGGCAUAAUUGGGGACAUUUUAGCAGUGACCUGGGACAAGAAGGAAUCAUUCCAGGGUCUGGAGGAUGGCAGAGUCUGGAGUAGGACAAAUGAAGAUACCCCAUUCUGAGGUUCUGGCUUCUAUAGAAAGUGUCAUCCAAGACGUCCUCACCGCCCUGGGACAAAAUCGGGCUCCCGUGUUCACCAUAGACAACCGGUCAAGCUGGGAAAACAUAAAGUUUGAGGAUUCUGUGGGUCUUCAGAUGGCACCUCAUUGUACCAGGAGAAAAAUCAAAAGUGAUUCACCAAAGUCAGCUAAAAAUUUUGCUCUCAUUCUUAAAAUAUUGUCCAUGAUUUACAAAUUAGUACAGAGCAACAGUUAUGCAACCAAAAGGGACAUAUAUUAUACUGACAGCCAACUCUUUGGUAACCAGACUGUCGUGGACAAUAUUAUCAAUGACAUUUCUUGCAUGUUAAAAGUGCCAAGGAUGAGUCUACAUAUAUCAUCCACAUCAAAAGGUUUAAUUGCUGGCAACUUGAGGUACAUCGAGGAAGAUGGAACCAAAGUGCACUGCGCCUGCGGUUCGACAGCUGUUGCUGUGCCUUCUAACAUUCAAGGAAUUCGAAAUAUAAUUACAGACGCAAAAUUUCUGUUAAUUGUGGAAAAAGACGCAACCUUUCAGCGACUCCUGGAUGACAACUUCUGCAACAGGAUGUCUCCAUGCAUCAUGGUCACGGGAAAGGGGGUCCCUGACCUGAACACGAGGCUGUUGGUCAAGAAGCUGUGGGAGACACUUCACGUUCCUGUCUUCACCCUCGUCGACGCCGACCCGCACGGCAUAGAAAUAAUGUGCAUCUAUAAGUACGGGUCGAUGGCAAUGUCUUUUGAAGCCCAUAAUCUCACGGUUCCAGCUAUUAGAUGGCUCGGUCUCCUCCCUUCUGAUAUUAAACGGUUAAACAUCCCUAAAGAUACUUUAAUUCCGCUGACAAAGCGGGACCAGAUGAAACUGGACAGUGUCCUGAAAAGACCUUACGUUACGUGCCAACCAUUUUGGAGAAAAGAAAUGGAGAUCAUGGCAGACUGUAAGAUGAAGGCGGAGAUCCAAGCUCUGACCUUCCUCUCGUCAGAUUACCUUUCCAGAGUGUACUUACCAAACAAGCUGAAAUUCGGAGGAUGGAUAUAACACGUAUCUGAAUACACCUGGUGAUUCCAAGAGGCUUUUCAUUGCUUUUGUUUUCAGUAGUAGAUACUGUUGUGGAAAGAAUAUAUAUUCUUAACUCUAUAGAGAAAAAAUAAUUUUCCAUUAUAUUUUUUUGUCAAAACAAUUUUCUCUAGAAGUCUUUGUUUUAUCCUUCUUUGUAGAGAUUGAGUUCUAUCCUAUGUUCUAAAGUAAAUUAUAAAAGGAAGAGUAGAAAUUAUUUUGACUUUUAAAUUUUACUUGAAAAAAAAUGUAUACAUGUCAUCAAACUACAGAAAUAUCUUAUUUACUUCCUGCAAUAUGACUAAUGUUAAGGCAUAAAGUAUCUUCAGGAUGAAAACUAAUAAUAACCUAAAUUUGAGAGGUUGCAAAUGAAUCACAGUGUCUUUUUAGUUGCUUUUUCUUUUUCUUUUUCUUUUUCUUGGUGUAGGGGUUGUACCCCAUUCAUUCCCUUGUGAAAGUGGUGAAAUUUAUUAUGAAUAAAUAUUUGGGUUGAUGCAGACCAACCGAAGCACUUAA